CGCCCCUUACGUCACACGACUCCUCCUCGCCUUGCUUUCUCAAUAAAUACGCUGCGUUUUGCUUGCUUCCGAGUUAGGAUAACAGACGAUCCAUCAUCCCAAGCCCAAAUAUCAGCUGAACAAAAUUUUCAAUUUUUUGAGCUUUCUUUAUUGUAAAAGAUUUGUUUUCCUUUUUUGGUUGAACAAAAAGAAGACAAGAUGAGCAGCAGAAACCCAAAGGGAAGAACAACAAUUGAGGUUGGAGCUGAUGGGGUUGCUGUGAUCACCAUCUUUAAUCCUCCUGUCAAUUCUCUUUCUUUGGAUGUGUUAAACAGCUUAAAAGAGAGUUACGAACAAGCUUUGCGGAGAGAUGAUGUGAAGGCAAUUGUUGUCACAGGCUCAAAUGGAAAAUUCUCGGGGGGCUUUGACAUCACAGCUUUCGGUGGAAUUCAAGAGGGAAAAUUCCCUGCGCCAAAACCUGGUUUCGUGUCAAUUGAGAUCCUCAGUGAUACUGUGGAUGCUGCGAGAAAGCCCUCUGUGGCUGCUAUUGAUGGCCUCGCCUUAGGCGGAGGGUUAGAAGUUGCAAUGGCUUGCCAUGCACGUAUAUCAACUUCAAAUGCUCAAUUAGGAUUACCGGAGCUGCAGCUUGGUAUACUUCCUGGGUUUGGAGGAACGCAGCGCCUUCCUCGCCUUGUAGGUCUUGCCAAGUCUCUUGAAAUGAUGCUGAUGUCAAAGCCUGUAAAAGGGGAAGAAGCUCUUAGUUUAGGGCUUGUGGAUGAAAUAGCUACACCAGAUCAACUGCUGGCUACUGCUCGUCGCUGGGCACUUGAAAUUUUGGAGCGAAAAAGACCUUGGGUUUCUAGCCUUUAUAAGACUGAUAAGUUAGAAUCUCUUGCUGAGGUUAAGGAAAUACUGAAGUUUGCACGAGCUCAAAUACGUAAGCAGGCUCCAAAUCUCACACAUCCAUUGGUUUGCAUUGAUGUUGUGGAGGAAGGUAUUAUUUCAGGUCCUCGUGCUGGCCUUUUCAAGGAAGCUGAAGCAUUUCAAGUUCUCCUUCACUCAGACACUUGUAAGAGUUUGGUCCACAUUUUCUUUGCUCAACGUGGAACGACAAAGGUUCCAGGAAUCACUGACCGAGGUUUGGCUCCUAGAAGGAUAAAAAAGGUUGCAAUUCUUGGUGGUGGCUUAAUGGGUUCUGGAAUAGCAACAGCGCUGAUCCUCAGUAAUUAUCCUGUGAUCCUAAAAGAAGUCAAUGAGAAAUUUCUACAGGCUGGGAUUGAUAGAGUGAGAGCCAAUUUGCAAAGUCGAGUCAAGAAAGGGAAAAUGACUCAAGAGAAGUUUGAGAAGAAUCUUUCUCUACUCAAAGGUGUCCUUGAUUAUGAUAGCUUUAGAGAUGUGGACAUGGUCAUAGAGGCUGUGAUUGAGAACGUAUCUUUGAAGCAGCAAAUAUUUGCAGAUUUAGAGAAGUAUUGCCCUUCUCAUUGCAUACUUGCGAGUAACACAUCCACAAUUGACUUAAAUCUGAUUGGUGAGAAGACCAGGUCUCACGAUAGGAUCAUUGGAGCCCAUUUUUUCAGUCCAGCUCAUGUUAUGCCUCUUUUGGAAAUUGUUCGUACCCAAAAGACAUCUCCUCAAGUAAUUGUGGACUUGUUAGAUGUUGGGAAGAAGAUAAAGAAAACCCCAGUUGUUGUUGGAAAUUGCACUGGAUUUGCUGUCAAUAGGAUGUUUUUCCCUUACACUCAAGCUGCCCUAUUGCUUGUUGAACGUGGUACGGAUGUGUACAAGAUUGAUAGAGCAAUCAACAAAUUUGGACUGCCAAUGGGUCCUUUCAGAUUGUGUGACCUGGUUGGAUUUGGUGUUGCAAUCGCAACCGGCUCUCAGUUUGUCUUAAAUUUUCCUGAGAGAACUUAUAAGUCGAUGCUUAUUCCACUCAUGCAAGAAGAUAAGAGAGCAGGUGAAACUACUCGAAGAGGGUUCUAUGUAUAUGAUAACAAACGCAAAGCCAGCCCUGAUCCAGAAAUAAAGAAGUAUAUUGAGAAAUCAAGAGAGAUGUCUGGUGUUAAGAUUGACCCGAAGUUGACAAAAUUAUCAGAUAAGGAUAUUGUGGAGAUGAUAUUCUUCCCUGUGGUAAAUGAGGCAUGCCGGGUACUUGCUGAAGGGAUUGCAGUCAAAUCUGCUGAUCUUGACAUUUCUGCCGUGAUGGGAAUGGGAUUCCCACCUUACAGGGGAGGAAUUUUGUUUUGGGCUGAUACUUUUGGAUCCAAAUACAUUUGUUCGAGAUUGGAAGAAUGGGCAAAUUUGUAUGGGGGAUUUUUCAAGCCUUGUGCAUACUUGGCCGAUAGAGCUGCCAAAGGUGCUCCUCUGGGUUCAACCUCGGAUCCUGCACAGUCCCGACUGUGAGAUCAACUUACCUCUCUCGCAAACUGCUCCUCCGGCUCCAGCUGAUGUCUUUGUCUGUAUGUUUCUUCAUGUCUUAGUAUCUAAUGAGCUUAAUAAUGUGGUGGUGUAAUAUAAAAAUCACGGGCUUUUCAAAUAAUUAAAUACAUAGAAGAUUUUGAUGUAUUUAAGGUUCUUGGAAGAGCACAUGAAUCAAUAAUGUUCGUGACAGUUGUGUUGUCGAAUUUCUUAUUCAAAUUGGCCACCAUUUCUUGCAAA